AUGGAGUUCGCCGAGCUGAUCAAGACGCCCCGAGCGGAUAACGUGGUGCUGCACUGUCCGUUCCACCUGGCCGUGGAGGGGACGCUGUGCCUGACCGGCCACCACCUCAUCUUCUCGUCGCGGCGGCAGGACAACGCCGAGGAGCUGUGGCUGCUUCACUCCAACAUCGACUCCAUCGAGAAAAGGUUUGUGGGUUCUUUGGGCACCAUUGUCAUAAAAUGCAAAGACCUGAGGAUUAUCCAGCUGGACAUCCCAGGGAUGGAGGAGUGUCUGAACAUCGCCAGCUCCAUCGAGGCGCUUUCCACCCUGGAUUCAGUCACCCUCAUGUAUCCCUUCUUCUACCGGCCCAUGUUUGAGGUCCUGGAGGAUGGAUGGUCCUCCUUUCUGCUGGAACAAGAGUUUGAGCUCCUCAGCUCAGUGACCAAUGAAUGGCGUCUGAGCUGUGUGAACAAGGAAUUUUCUGUGUGUCCUUCCUACCCUCCAGUUGUCAUUGUCCCCAAAUCCAUCGACGAUGAAGCACUCCGCAAAGUCGCCCUGUUCCGCCACGGCGGCCGCUUCCCGGUGCUGAGCUACUACCACAAGAAAAACGGGAUGGCGAUGCUGAGGAGCAGCCAGCCCCUGACAGGCACCAACGGGCGGCGCUGCAAGGAGGAUGAGAAGCUGAUCAACGCCACGCUCCGCUCCGGCCGGCGCGGCUUCGUCAUCGACACACGGCCUUUGGCUGUUGCCCAGCAGGCCAGGGCCAAGGGAGGGGGCUUUGAACAAGAAGUCCACUACCCCCAGUGGAGAAGGAUUCACAAAUACAUUGAGAGGUUUAAUAUCCUGCAGGAGAGUUUCAUCAAGCUGGUAGAGGCUUGCAAUGACCAGUCCCACAACAUGGACCGUUGGCUCAGUAAACUGGAAGCUUCCAACUGGCUCACUCACAUCAAGGAGCUGCUGACUGCAGCUUGUCUGGCUGCUCAGUGCAUUGACAGGGAAAGUGCUUCAGUGUUAGUCCAUGGCAGUGAAGGAACUGAUUCCACACUCCAGGUCACUUCCCUGGCACAGAUCAUCCUGGAUCCAAGGUGCAGGACCAUCCGUGGCUUUGAGGCUCUUGUAGUGAGGGAGUGGCUGCAGGCUGGCCACCCUUUCCAGCAGCGCUGUGCCCAGUCAGCCUAUUCCAACAGCAAACAGAAGUGGGAAGCCCCAGUGUUCCUGCUCUUUUUGGAAUGUGUGUGGCAAAUCCAUCGGCAGUUCCCCUGCUCCUUCGAGUUCAACGAGCAGUUCCUCAUCAUGCUCUUUGAACAUGCCUACGCUUCCCAGUUUGGGACUUUCCUGGGAAACAAUGAAAACGAAAGGGCUAAACUGAAGCUUCCUCAGAAGACCAUGUCCCUCUGGUCCUGGGUGAACAGGCCUGAAGAGCUGAGCAGGUUCCAGAACCCUCUUUAUGAGGCCAACAGCCUUGUCAUCUGGCCUUCUGUGGCCCCACAGAGCCUGCAGCUCUGGGAAGGUGUCUUCCUGCGGUGGAACAGGCCUUCCAAAUUCCUGGAGGAGGCCGAGGUAGAAAGGAUCAACAUUAUCAAGUACAACAAGGAGCUGCAGGCCAAGGUGAACGCGCUGAGGCGGCAGCUGGCAGAGAUGGAGGCGGAUGAGGAGGUGCAGGAGGAGCCCUGAGCUGGGCUUUGCCUCAGGCCUUGCCUGUCCCCUGUACGUCGAGGAAGAAACGUGGAAAGUGCAUGUUCUGCUGAGCCCUUGGGUACAGCUGACCCUCCCACUGCUGAACCCCUCACUCCAUGAACCUCCCUGCUUUUUGGGGAGGGGUUUUUGUUUUGUUUACAGAAGACACAGCUGGGCACAAUGUCCCCUCUUGGCAGUUCUCCUGUCUCAGAAUUGGGUACAGUGUCCAGCAGAAGCUGGAACUCUUUACCUCCAACUGUGUGGAUGAAUAGGAUGGGCCAAGAGACGGGAUGUCUCCAAUUUAUUUUGGACUUUUUCUGGUUUUGUUGAACACUCGCAGGAUUAAAAUACAGAGUUCUAUGUAGAUAGGUAAAGGCAUUUUGUCUGGAAGCACCUUUUCUCUCCAAGAGUAGGUAAGGCAGCU